AUGGCGACCUCGGACGCGGGCGAGAAGAAGAUGCUCAUGCUCAAGUCGUCUGACGGCGAGGAGUUUGACGUGGAGGAGGUGGUCGCAAUGGAAUCGCAGACCAUCCGCCACAUGAUUGAGGAUGACUGCGCUGACAAAGUCAUCCCGAUCCACAACAUCAACUCCGAGAUCCUCUCCAAGGUCAUCGAGUACUGCAACAAACAUGUCCUGGCCAAGCCAGGCAACGUCGCCACUGGAUCCCCUGGUGCCGUUGCGUCUAACACCAUGCCUCCCGCCGCCCUAGCCAAGGACCUCAAGCUCGGGGACGCAGAAUUCAUCAAGGUCAACCAUGCCACCCUCUUCGACCUCAUCCAGGCUGCAAGUUACCUCAAGAUCAAGGGGUUGUUGGACCUGACCUGCCAGACUGUUGCAGACAUGAUUAGGGGCAAAACUCCGGAGGAGAUCCGUAAUUUCUUCAACAUCAAGAAGGACUACUUGCCAGAGGAGGAGGAGAAGAUCCACAUGGAGAACCAAUGGGCAUUUCAGUAGAGGAGAAUCGAGGUCGUGUUAAUGAAUCCUUAGUAUUCACCAUCUCAUCCUUUUGGCUGCACUCUUCAUGUUUUAAUUGGUUGUAAUUGUACUGGAGUCUAUGAG